UCCUCUUCAUGCGUGUUUGGAGGGAAAAUAAUUUUUAUUUUCUUGAUUCUGUAAAAAUAUUUUCUUUAAUUAUUCAUCCUUGUAAUGUUCUGUAUCUAUACUGCCAUUGUUGAAGCACCACCACCACCAUUCUUAUUCUUUCACAAGCUUCUUCAUCAGUUCACUCUGAAAACCCUAGUCCAUGUUCUACUACCUAGCUCAAGCUGUACAUUCUUGAUUCCUCUUCCGUGGCAUCAUUACCCACUCCGGCGGCCCCUCACCCUACUCUACCCCCUAUUGUAAGGGUAAAUUUAUUGGGUUCACAAAGUUGGAGAGCUUUUUUGUCAGAUCUGUUUCUAGUUUGACAUUUGUGGAGUUCACGUAGUGUUGAGCUCUACUUUUUGCCCAUGUUUCUUGGUUUCCCUGAAUCGAAUGUGGGGUUUUAAAUGAGCGAAAGCGCGAGUAGGUGUUGAAGUGUUUUUUACUACUAAAAAUCGAUGUCUUCAGAAAUGCGCCGCCGCAGCUAUGGCGGAGGGGGAGGGGGGAAUAGUUUUGAUCCGAGCAACUUGCAUUUGAAGAGGGAAUUGACCCAAAUCAAGAAAGCUGCUAAGGCGCUUAGAGAUCCCGGAACCACCUCUUCCUGGAGGUCGCCUCUGGGCUCCGCUAGAUCCACGCUUGCAGGUGAUAUGCUAAACUAUAACUCCAAACACCAUUUCUUUCACCAUCAUAAUAACGUUGAUGAUACUCUCAAUGUGAUUGGGGGCCAAGAAGUGGGCGCUGCUACUGAAACCACUCUGCAACCCACUUUUCGGAUCGAAAGAAAUGGAAAUCCAGACACCCAUACCAACACCAAUGCAAAGGAGAAGGAGAAGGAAAAGGAUAAGGAAAAGGAGAAAAAGGUAUUUUUGCAUAAUUGGCGGUCACAAAAAUCUGAGAGUGAGAGGAGCAGAAGGAGAAGAGGGGGUAAAGGAGAGGAUUGUCUUGGAAAUGGAAAUGGAAAUGGCUCGUCUUCUACGCCAGAAGAAAGCAUAGAGGAUAGCCUAAGCGAUGCACGGAAUGGUGGCAAUGAUUCCAAGAGUGAUACCUAUGCAGGUGAUAGGUAUGCUUCAAUGAUCUUAAAGUGUAAAGAUGCCAAUUUUAUGCCAUCCAUUAGGCGGAACAUUAAGAAAAAAUCAAAGAAAAACAAUUUUUCCACGGCUAUUUUGAGGCAUAACAGCGACAAGUUGCAGCAACAGAUGGCUUCUAGUAGGAUUCCACGACGAGUGUUGGAGGGUUUGCCUGGUUUAGGCUUAGGUUUAGGUGGGGAUGAUUCUGCGAGUUUGGUAGAUCAGUCCGAAGACACUGAGGAUUAUUCUAAUGCCGAGGAUUUUAGGAGAUUUUCUGCAGCCUCGCCUUUGCUUGCUAGGCUGAGGAGUAAGAACUGGGCUUAUUCAUCUUCUAAGUUUAGAAACAGUAGAAGAAGAAGAGAAGAUUCUUCAUAUACAUACAGUACUCCUGCCUUGUCGACUAGUUCUUAUAACAGAUAUGGUGUUAGGAAUCCAAGUACCGUAGGGUCAUGGGAUGGCACUACCCAAUCCUUCAAUGAUGGUGAUGACGAUGACGAAGUGGAGGAUCAGUUGGAUUUACCAGGUAGGCAUGGAUGCGGGAUUUCUUGCUGGUCCAGGUCCUCCAGGAGGUCAACUCCAAAAUAUAGAGCAGGGUAUGGGAGUUGUUAUUCACCCUCGCUUUCAGACACGUUGAGGAGGAAAGGGAGCAGUAUUUUCUGUGGAAGCCAAACAGUGUAUCAAAGAAGACGUCGCAGAUCAUCAUUGGAUUACAACAAGAGGAGACAUGGCUCGAGGGCUGUUGCUCAAGGUCUCAUUCCGUUGCUAACAAAUGGUGAUGAUGGUCCAGGAGGGUCAUCUAUGGGAACGGGAAUUAGUGAUGAUGAACUCUCCACAAACUUUGGAGAACUUGAUUUGGAGGCGCUGAGUCGGUUGGAUGGAAGGAGGUGGUCUACAAGCUGUAAAAGUCAGGAUGGGCUUGAGCUAGUGGCAUUUAAUGGGGAAGAAGAAGAAGAGGAAGGUUCCCCUGAAAAUAUCAGAAGCCUGUGCCAGAAGUAUAGGCCUACAUUUUUUGAGGAGUUGAUUGGUCAGACUAUAGUUGUCCAGUCCCUAAUGAAUGCAAUUUCAAGAGGGAGAAUUGCCCCUGUUUAUCUUCUUCAAGGUCCACGUGGGACUGGAAAGACUUCAACUGCGAGGAUUUUUGCUGCUGCUCUAAAUUGCCUCGCAACAGAAGAAACUAAGCCCUGUGGUGUUUGCAGGGAAUGUGCAGAUUUUAUUUCUGGAAAGUGCAAGAAUGUUAGAGAAGUUGAUGGCACCAACAAGAAGGGAAUUGAUAAAGUUAAGUAUCUUUUGAAGAGUCUAUCUGUAGCUCACCAAUCAACGUCUUCAGGGUACAAGGUUUUUGUUAUUGAUGAAUGCCACUUGCUACCCUCAAAGACUUGGUUGGCGUUUUUGAAGUUUCUUGAAGAACCACCCCCACGUGUUGUUUUUGUAUUUAUUACCACGGAUCUUGACAAUGUGCCCCGUGCCAUAUUGUCUCGGUGCCAGAAGUACCUCUUCAAUAAAAUUAGGGAUAACGAUAUAGUGAUCAGGUUGAAGAAGAUUGUUGAUGAUGAGAAUUUGGAUGUGGAACCAGAAGCGCUUGAGUUGAUAGCUUUAAAUGCUGAUGGAUCACUUCGAGAUGCAGAGACUAUGUUAGAUCAACUCAGUUUGUUGGGGAAACGCAUCACUACUUCUUUGGUGAAUGACCUGGUUGGGGUAGUUUCAGAUGAAAAACUACUGGAACUUUUGGAGUUAGCCAUGUCAUCGGACACAGCAGAAACAGUCAAAAGAGCGAGAGAAUUAUUGGAUUCUGGCAUUGAUCCAAUAGUUUUGAUGUCGCAAUUGGCCACUCUCAUCAUGGAUAUCAUUGCGGGAACUCACCCUAGUAUUGAUGCAAAACCCACCGAUUCAUCCUUUGUUGGAAAGAGUUUAUCUGAGUUGGAAGUGGAUAGACUGAAGCAUGCAUUGAAGCUUCUUUCAGAUGCAGAGAAACAAUUAAGGGUUUCAAGCGAACGCUCUACUUGGUUCACAGCAACCCUGCUACAGCUAGGUUCUGUUCCUUCCCUAGAUCAAACUCAUUCAGGGAGUAGUCGAAGGCAAAGCUCCAAAGCAACAGAGGAGGAUCCUUCUACUAGUACGUUUAGAGAAGUUGUUUCCCGGAAACAACAGAAAGGGGAUUCUUUGUAUGCACCUUGCAAGUUAGGUUCUCCGUCGUCCUUUGCAAAAGGCAGUCAUCGAAUCUCAUCGAGUAAAGAUCUAGGAUACGCAAAGAUCACUCAAAGCAAACUGAUAUCAGGAGAGUCAUUAGCCUCGCAGGAUGAACUUAAGCUUGGAAAGACCGUGCCUAGAAGUCUGAAUACAAACAUGUUGGACGACAUCUGGGUUAGAUGCAUCGAAAAGUGUCAUUCCAAUACUUUGAAGCAGCUGCUUCAUACAUGUGGAACUCUCGUCUCCAUGUCUGAAAUUGACAGUGUUUUUGUUGCUCACAUUGCAUUUCGGGAUAAUGAAAUAAAAACCAGAGCAGAGCGGUUCCUAAGCAGUAUCACAAAUUCGUUUGAGAAUGUUUUACGGAGAAAUGUAGAUGUUAGACUUGUUUUGUUACCGGAGGAGGAAAACUCUGCGAGCAGUACAAAACUAAUUGCUUUACAGGAUUCGAGUCCAAAGCAGAUGGAUACAUCUAGCAUCAUAAACAAGGAGACAACAAUUUGCUCUAACGCAUUAGGGGAAUAUUCUGGUCUGGAUGCACAUCAUGAGCCACUGCAUGCAUCAAGCGGAAGCUUUAAUGAUCGCGAUGGAAAGCUGGUUGGGGGUUUUGAGAGUACAAGCGGAAAUGCUAAAAUAAACAGUUCAAAAGAGCGAAUUUCAGAAAUUCCAGUACAGAGAAUAGAAUCGAUCAUCCAUGAACAGAGGCUAGAAACUGCUUGGUUACAGGCCAUGGAGAAAGGCACUCCUGGUUCACUGAAUCGCCUUAAACCUGAGAGGAAUCAGGUAUUACCCCAAGAUGGCAUUUAUCAUGAUAAUCAAUUAGAGUCGAUGGCUUCCCUUGACCUAUCCUCCCAGCAUUGGCAAGAUGAGCUGAAAGAUGAGCUCAAGAAUUUGAAGAUGAGUGAUGAGAUCAAUCCCAAAGACCCAAAUAAUAAAAUGGCUGAUUAUCCCAUUUCACCAAGUUUGUUGCAUGAUACCAGCUAUGCAGUCAAUAUUGGCAAAGAGACCAUGGGAUAUGAAUCUGGAUCAGGAGCAUAUGGUUGCAGUGGCUUUUUAUGUUGGAAUCACACCAAACCUCAAAGAAGGGGGAAGAUCAAAGGGACUCCUGUUCGUCCAAACAGAAAUGGGCGGAUUUCGUGGUUUGGGGAGUGCGCGAAAGGGAGAACAGAGAAUAAUAGAUACCGAAGAUGAUGAUAAUAGGAGGUGAGGAGCAGCAGAAGUUUCUGAUUCAAGAAAUGGUUCAUUUUCCUCUUCAUUUUUAUAUAUUUAUUCCAUUCCUCCUCCUAUUCCACCUAUUCUUUAUGGAUCUGAAGGUUUAGUAAAAGAAUGAUGAUGUAAAGUUUCACAAUCUGGGAAUCUGCAAUUUCUUCAAAGUUAUCCUGCCUGCCAUGUUUCUCUGCAGCAAUCUCAAUAAUAAAUGGUAAAGAUAGACAUGUUUUUGGGACUGAAA